CCCUCAAUCGUAUCUCCUCAGCACCACCCCUCAUUCCAACCUGCCCCUCUCCUCUCAAAGGGAUGCAAGGGAGUGACGCAGGAUAGACGGGAAAACUGCGCCGAACCUCGAAGGAAAGAUUGGAUAGGGGUGAUGCAAUAAGACAAAUUCUGGAAACACAAAUGUAAAUCACGGAACCUCCGUUCCCUAGAAAAGAGACCGAAGCACGGCCUGUUUGGUCAGUGAACGUGGAUGCCAGACUCAAAUGUUAUCUAUUUUACGCAGCCACUCACUAAUGUUUUGUUGGAUACGGCUCGAAUUUGGACAAUUGGAGGUAGGCGAAGCUUAGAUAUUCGUGUUGACUGUGUGUUUCUCAUCGUGACCGAUAAUCCUUCUUCGAGUCAAUUGAAGAGGUCUGAACCUUGAAGGGGAUACAGGCCAAUCCAUCUAUCGAUUUGGAAAUAAAAUAAUUUUAUGGAGAUACCUAUUUUAACGACGUAACUUGUUUUUUUUUCUUCUGCGACUCAGGGUUGAUACAUUUCCAACUGAUCCUUCGAUUCAAAUGUCAAAAUAGUGUUAUAGGCUAUUGGUAGGCGAAUUCAUACAUUUGCAUCAGAAAGGAGGAUUCGCCAUACAUACACCUUUUCGUAGCCAAACAUUUUCAACAUGAAUUACCUGCGUCGUCGGCUGUCGGACAGCAAUUUUAUGUCCAAUUUGCCAAAUGGGUACAUGACUGAUCUACAACGCCCUGACCUGCCGCAGCAAGACCCUGCAGUAGUGUCGCCUGGACCACCGGAGAGGCGUCUGUCUACCAACCAGCAGUCGGAGGGCACUGGCAGCGGAGCCGGAGCUGGAUUUUUAUCUUCCUUUACUAAAGCUGUCAAACAAACCACUGCUGCUGUUGCUGAGAAAGUCACCGAGGUAGCAGACAAAGCAGGCGUUGCCUCUGGUGCCAAGAUACUCCUGGUAAUUGAUGACCAACAAACAGACUGGGUAAAGGUCUUCAAAGGUAAAAAGGUUCAUGGUGAAUUCGACAUUAAGGUGGAACAGGCUGACUUCUCUGAAAUCGACCUAAUAGCGCAUGCUACAGGGGGCUAUAGUGUUGAUAUCGAAGCAAUCCGGAAUGGAACCAAGGUCACCAAGUGUUUCCGGCCAGACUUUGUGCUGGUUAGGCAGCAUGCCUUCAGUAUGGCCAAGAAUGGAGACCACCGACACAUAGUGAUUGGGUUACAGUAUGCUGGUCUCGCGGGUGUAAACUCUCUACACUCUGUCUACAACUUCUGUGACAAACCAUGGGUGUUUGCUAAUAUGGUGAGAUUGUACAAGCAACUUGGACCAGAGGAAUUCCCACUGAUCGAGCAGGUUUACUAUCCCAACCACAGAGAAAUGAUUACCACUCCUGGUUUCCCUGUGGUGGUGAAAAUGGGCCACGCCCACUCAGGGAUAGGGAAGGUGAAAGUGGACAAUCAAUAUGACUUCCAAGAUAUUGCCAGUGUUGUUGCCCUGACCAAGACCUAUGCCACAUCUGAACCUUUCAUCGAUGCAAAGUAUGAUGUUCGCAUCCAGAAGAUUGGAGACAAUUACAAGGCCUACAUGCGCACAUCAAUUUCAGGGAACUGGAAAACCAACACUGGUUCAGCUAUGCUGGAACAGAUAGCCAUGUCAGACAGGUAUCGGAUGUGGGUGGACUCCUGCUCUGAGGUGUUUGGCGGUUUGGAUAUGUGCGCUGUGGAGGCUCUGCAUGGAAAAGAUGGCAAGGAUUACAUUAUAGAGGUGGUGGGUUGCUCCAUGCCUCUGAUUGGAGACCAGCAGGGUGAAGACCGUGCUCAAAUUGCAGACCUGGUCAUCUCCAAAAUGAACGAGACAGUCCCACGCACUGCAAGUCCCUCUCCUGUCCGUCCCACAGCUGCACAGCCUGUACAGAAAGCUACAUCCUCUCAGCCUAUCUCACAACCCAAAGUGCCACAGGCUCAGCAACGCCCUUCUCCACAAGGUGGCCCACAACAGACACCAACCGGCACUGCCACCCCUCGCCAAGGAUCCCCCUCCCAGCAGCGCCCCUCUCCCCAAGGCCAGCCCCCUUCCCCAGGCCCCAACACCCAUAACCCCCUUGCCCAGACAUCACAGAAAGGAACCAACCCAGGAGCUGGGGCCCAGCAGCGUCCCCCAGGUCAGGGGCAGAAACCCCCCUCUGGUCAGGGAUCCCCACAGCGAUCCAUGAGCCAGGGGGGCUCCCCUCAAAACCAGGGGCCACAGCAGUCAGGUCCCCAGCUGCAGCAGAGCCCCCCUCUUGGAGGCAUGGGCCAGAAGUCCACAGGGGGCCAGCCCCAGCAGAGGCCCCAGCAGAAGCCAGGUCAGCCUGCCAGGCAGCAGUCCCAGGGAGGAGGCCCCCAGGGCCCCCAGCAGCAGAGGGCUCCAGCCCAGCAAGGUCGCCCUGGGGCCCCCACCACUCAGCAGCCCCGCCUUAGUGCCCAGGGCCAGGGAGGCCCGGGAGGGAAACCUCCUCUGCAGCAGAAGCCCCAACCCCCACAGAAGCCCAACCAGGACCCUCCUGCUAUGGGAGCCAUCCCUCCACUGAACAAAUCCCAGUCUCUUACCAAUGCCUUCAACAUUCCAGAAACUCCAACGCCACGGGCCAGCCUUAGCCAGGAUGAGGUGAAGGCUGAGACCAUACGCAACCUACGCAAGUCUUUUGCUAGUCUCUUCUCAGACUGAGAGAUGGAGUAAGCCCCCUCCUACGGCGACAGACAGACUGAAAGGCAGUCCCUCCCUCUUCCCCUCCCCAACACACAAUGGACCAAUAGAACUAACACCUCCCUGUUAUGGAUAUUGAUGUACAUUGAUGUGAAAAUGCACAUAUAAAACAUCUACUGCCUAUACAGACAUAGGAUCUUAAUUUGACCAGUAUGUGAAAAGUGCAAUACUGUUAAUAUAACCCAGGCUGUAUCACAAUCUGCCGUGAUUGGGAGUCCCGUGGGGCGGCGCACAAUUGGCCCAGCGUCAUCCAGGUUUGGCCGGUGUAGGCCGUCAUUGUAAAUAAGAAUUUGUUCUUAACUGACAUGCCUAGUUAAAUAAAGGUUAAAUAAAUGUCAAAUAUUAAAACCGUGUGUUAGUGUGGGUUUUCAGUGCAUUUAUGUAAAUCACAAAGCUCAUCUGCAUGUCCUGUGGUGCAGGAAAAUUCUCCACAACAAAAGAGUGACCAAAUUAAGAUCCUACAUCUGUACAUUUGAAGACCACACAUAGAAUAUAAUAUAGAUAGCCCACUGGACAAAAACUGGUCAAAUCAUGUUGUUUCCACUUUAUUUCAACCAGAAAAAUCUACGAGAUGACGUUGAAUCAAUGUGGAAAACUGAUUGGAUUUGCAAAAAAGUCAUCAAUGUAAGGGCAUUUUGUCUUUUUUCACCCAACUUUUAACUUAAAUCCAAUUACAUGUAUUUUUUUUUUUAACUCGACCAAAUGAAAAUCAAAACUAGAUGUGCCCAGUGGGAGGUUUGUUGCUCUCAGUCUGAAACAUUCCCCAUCACCUUCACAUUCCAAAUGAUUCCUACAAACACACACACACAUACAGUACACAUUCACUUCUCUUGUUGUUGCACGUGUGUUUAAAUUUCAGAUAAAAGUAAGGGUGAAGAUUCUUACCCCAUCAAUCAUCAGUCCCUUUUUAAAUGGUGUUAUUAUAUAUUACAUUUCAGUGGGUGGCCUGUGUUGCUACAGUUUUUAUGUAUUGGGAGAUAUUUACUUGGUCACGAUUUGAUCAUUUGAAAUUGUUUUUAUGCUAGUAUACUGGAAACAAUACACUGGUAAUCGUCAUGAUAGUGUUCACAGUUUUCUGUUACUGUCAGAUCAUAGUGACACAUUUGACCAAGUUUUGGUUGGCUCUGAAAUGAACCAUCGCUAAAUUGAACUUGUCGGCACAGUGUUGUUCACACUACAGUAGGUCAGUUCAGUGUUACAGUAAAGCAACACCACAGCUGUUUGAGUUGCUCAUUCAUUCUAAAUUAUGAUAUUUUUUUUAGAUGCAUGUCAAUAAAGGAGAUAUGGUUGCAAUUUCAAUCACUCACAUCGCCGCUUGUAACCGUGUUGUCAAAUUAGCUAGCGUAAUUAGCAUAACAAAAGUACGUGUUGUUUUUGUGAGAAUGCCAUUGCUGCCUCCCUCUCCCUUCUUCUGUUAGAUUAAGACAAAAUCUCAAUAGCUCUCAAUUUGGAAAACAUGCCUUACACAGGCACAAAGUUCAGUCAGAUAGUAUUGUCUCAGGGAUGUCCUGGUAAGUGACACACUGGUGUCAGGGGACAGGUCUUCCAAAUGUUGCACUGAAAUGAGGAUGAUGAGCACUGCAAAUGCUAGCAUGUGUGUUUAUUGAGGUAGAAUGUAUUUGUUCUUUCAAAUGUAUUUGCACAUGAAAUAUAACAAAAUCAUACUUGAAGACAUGAGUCAAGCGAUAUUUUUGAGAUUUUAAUGUCAGAUUGUAGAGACACAGCCAUCUCAGUGCUCUAUUUUACCUGCCAUCACAAGGGCCUGGGAUGCUGCUGUUUCUGUGAGUGGAGAGUUUGGGUGCCUAUCCUGUCUGUCCCCUGGCUCCCAGCAGGGUCACAGCUUGUGAGCAAGGGACCUAGUCCAAGUAAAUGCUCAGCCAAGGGAUGUACCAAGGGUUAUGUAGGCAGUGUAAAAUACAUGUACUGGUAUGUCCCCUGUGGGAUAUACAGUACCACUGCAGUAUACUUCUGUUUGAUUUUCUACAUGUAAUACUUUCUCCCCAAAACAUUAAUGACCCCUUUGAUCAUUGGUCAGAAAACAAUCCCUAGAUAUUCCCUGAGCCCAAAGCUGAAACCUUCUGUUUCUAGGGCACUGAUUAUGUCUUCCAAAAAGAGUGUGUUCCAGGCAAUCUGUUUUUUGGAGCUAAUUCGGAAAAGUCCCAAUGUCCCUGCAGAACCCCUCUGCUUCCUCUACGCAUCGACCCUUAGUGUAUCCACAGUGAACCCUUGUGAUAAGUGGUGCAUAAACGUGUAAAUGUUGUUUUGUAAAACCAAAUAGAAGUGUUGUACAGAUCGUGACCUAUGAAUGAUGCAGAUUUGUCACGUUUGUCACGCUGUGCUUGUUGAUAUUUUGUGCAAUGAAUACUUGUGGGUUUUGGUUUUGGAUUUUUGGCAUUUAUAUAAUUUGUAAGCCCUUUUUCAGUACUGGCAUUCACUAUCAUGAAUUAUGCAUUAUUUCUACUUUUUGAAAAAUAUUUUUUUAUCUUAGUUUCUCUUGUAUUCAGGAUUACAUGUCUACGUUUGAAAAUGUAUAUUACACAUCUUAUCAUGGGACUCAAUGGAAAUCAUAACUCAGCAAACAGAAUUGUCAGCGUAUACCAUUGAAUGAAUGGAUCAGAGAAGCCUCAAAUGAUACCUGCUACAAAAAAAUGACUUGUCUGGAUGAAGACGUGAUUGGUAUACAUCUGUAUUGUUUUACUCGGCUCUCUGCUACUGCCUGUAACAGAGAACAUCCAUCAGAGAACAUCUUAGCUGUGUUUGGAGUUAAAAUCCUCCGGUGGAUUAUACAUUGGAGUGUCAUCAAAAUUGAAUCAAUCUAUAUGAAUCCUGUUUGUUGAUAUUCAUAGACAUGGGUUGAAAUGUUUAUUUUGUUUACAUUCUUUUGAUGGAUAGAUUUGAAUGUAUGUUUACAAUUUGUAUGCCUUUUUUCUUUGCUUAAGUAGUUUUCCUAAAUGCAGAUGUGAUUAUUUUUUAUUUUGUUAUCUGCACUAUGAAUUUCUGUGAAAUUGAUGGUCAAUAUUGAUGCCUGCCAGAUGUAUAAAAGAAGAAACCUAUAUGUAUCUAAAAUAGACAAAUUAUAAAUAUUACAUAUAUUGUAAAUCAUUGUGGAGUAUUCAAAUAAAUGUAGAAAAGUAUAUGUGAUGUUAUUUUGAUGUUAUUUGCAAUGUACCUUCAUAAUUAUGCUAUCAACAUGUGCACAUAUUCAAUAAAGUUCAAGACCAUUA